AUGGCUUGUACAAAGCAGACUGCCCCCAAAUUGACCAGUGGUAAAGAACCGAGGAAGCUACUGGCUACCAAAGCCACUCACAAGAGUUCACCCUUUACUGGAGGGGUGAAGAAACCUCACCGUUACAGGCCUGGUACCGUGGCACUCCAUGAAAUUAGACGUUAUCAGAAGUCCACUGAACUUCUGAUUCUCAAACUUCCCUUCCAGUGUCCGCUGCAAGAAAUUUCUCAGGACUUCAAAACAGAUCAGCGCUUCCAGAGUGCAGCUAUUGGUGCUUUGCAGGAGGCAAGUGAAGCCUAUGUGGUUGGCCUUUUUGAAGACACCAACCUGUGUGUUACUCAUGCCAAACGGUUAACAAUUAUGCUGAAAGACAUCCAGUUAGGACACUGUAUGCGUAGAACGUGCUUAAGAGUCCACUAUGAUGGGAAACAUUUCAUUCUUUAAAAAAAUUUCUUCUUCCUGUUAUUGGUAGUUCUGAACAUUAGAUAUUUUUUCCCCAUGGGGUCCAAAGAUACCUAAGUAUAUGACUGCAAGUGGAAAAUAGGGGACAGAAAACAGGUAUUGGCAGUCUUUCCAUUUUUAUUUGUGUGUGAAUUUUUAAAAAUACAAAUGUGGGGACAUAAAGCAUUAAUGCAAGUCAAAAUGUUUCAGUUAACAAGUUUUAGCAGUUCAACUUUAAAAUAAUUAUAAAUAAAACUUAAAUUUUUCUGAACAAUGCCAGCAUUUGGGUUUUUUAAAACAAUUAAAUUUCUUAUUAUAUAUAUAACACUAUAUACAAAUACAAAAUAUAGUUAGCCCUGGUGCUCUAUGGGUUAAGAAGCAUCUUUCUCAUUUAUGUGGUUGUCACUUAUUCUUUAGAGGUCUAAAAAGUAAAUUGUUAUUCUUGGGACCCUGAAACAUCCAGCCUUGGAAACUAGAUAGUAUAAUUAUUACUUCUUGGACCAUGGAAGGAAUUCUCAGGAUAUUUUUUUGGAGAUAAAAUUAAAAGGUGGAGAUUUACUUCACAUUAUGGAGUGAGGAGGUUGACAACCCUUUUCUCAAAAGCAAAUAUAAAGCUGGACAAAACUAUCAAAAAUAUCCACUUGGCACUCUAGAAAUAAUAUUAAAUGCAUGUGUGUAAACUGAGAAGUGUUUAUUUAUGACAACCACUGAAUUUCAGAUAAGAACAGUAAGAUAUCUGUUGUUCUUGCCUGGGACCACUCACAUGCCCCCACAUUGAUUCUGUCGGCACAGAGGUUCAACUUUGUUGGAGCAGAACAUGAAAAACAACAGUCUUGCUGCUACAGUCAGAGGAGACUCACUUGAUCUAAAACAGUGAUCUUAGUGCAAGUGAAUAUGGAUGACAGGUAGCUCUGGUUCCUUAAUAUUGUGGGCCUGUUUGGGGCAAGCAAUGGAUUGUGAGAGUAGGGAAGGAUUUAAUAGGAAUUUCUCAGAGGGGACACAACCAUAGAGGGCUUGAUAAGCCCUCCACAUAUCCAGAGUGGACAAAAGGCUGUGAGCAUCUGCAUCAAAGACAGGAGUAGGCCCAAGUCAUGCCAACAUUCUGAGCCAAUGGAGCCUAGAGCACAUGCAAAAUGAAGAAGUGAAAAGGCUCAAGAGGAAGCCAGGGAAGAUAUGAAAAAGCCUAAAUAUUGAAUGUACUCCCCCGUAUACACUCUGAUCCAUCAGUAGAGAGUGCACAUCUCAUGGUUUUGAGGUGUCUGGACACAACAUUUAAUUAAUCUUUGGUUGAACGCUAAGCCAUAAUAUAGACACAAAGAGCCCUAGAAGUUCAAGCUUAAAAAGAAAAACAAGAAAAAAAACUAAACAAAGAUUCCAGUGGUCACAUAUUGUAUAGGUGACAGAAUUUAUAGAUUUAGUCUAGGCAAGUGACUAAACCACAAACAAAAAAACUAAGAACAACAUUGGGGGGUGGGGAUCAGAACCCAGACUUCCUACAAUAUAUUAUCUAAAUUGUCCCGUUUUCAACAAAAAAUUAGGGGGCAUGCAAGAAAACAAAAAACUUGACUCAUACUCAUCAAUUGAAACUAUGGGAAUCUUCCCAUGUGUUUGAUUUAGCAAAGACUUCAAAGAAGCUAUUAUAAAUACAGGGUCCCC